GAAUUUCACCGCAGAGUAAUCCCUCCUCUCAGCGUAGACUAUCUCUUCCCUAUCAGAAGCAGUAGCCGCUGUCCUCGAAGGACCGAGGUCCCUGUUAAACUUUAACUGAGGAGACUCCUUCACAUAUCCACGCUGUCCUUGAGCCAGCAGCCUUCUCUGAGAGCUGGAGGAGUCCCGGAGAGAGAAGAAGUGCAGACAGACGGUUUUAAAGGAAUGAAGAUAUUCCGGCUGGAAGAAUGACGGAGAGGAUACAGCAGGAGAGAUAAAGAACAGUCUGACUUGAACACGAUCGCUCCACCCUGCACUCCGUUAUGGAACAAGAAGAAGCCGCGGGCUCGCAGCUGAUGUACAGCAUAGAGCGUCCGGUCUACGAUGAAGCCUUCAUCCGCUCGCAGCUUCUCCACCACAAAGAAAACUCCACCUCCCUCUGUCAGAGGCUGGCAAACCAGUUCAGGUGUUCAUCAGAGAAGGCCAAGGCGGUAGCUUUGAGCUUCCUGCCUAUUCUUACAUGGCUUCCAAACUAUCCGCUCAAGCAGUACCUGUUUUCGGAUGUGGUCUCAGGUCUCAGCACGGGAGUCGUGCAGCUCCCUCAAGGUCUUGCCUAUGCCAUGCUGGCUGCCUUACCUCCAGUUUAUGGUCUGUACUCCUCAUUCUACCCGGUCCUGCUCUACACCUUCUUCGGCACGUCCAGACACAUAUCCAUAGGCACCUUUGCUGUGAUAAGUCUGAUGAUUGGGGGCGUUGUAGUGAGGGAGGUCCCAGACUCCAUGUUCUACGUCCUACCUGCCAACGGAUCCAACGUUACUGCCUUCCUGGACGUGAAGGCUCGCGAUGACAGGAGGGUUCAAGUGGCCAUUGUGCUCACGACCCUGGUGGGAAUCAUCCAGUUUGCCUUAGGUCUUCUCAGGUUUGGCUUUGUGGCGAUCUACCUCACAGAGCCCCUCGUGCGAGGCUUCACAACAGCAGCAGCCGUGCACGUCGUGAUCUCUCAGUUGAAGUACCUGCUGGGGGUGAAAACACAGCGCUUCAGUGGGCCCCUCUCUGCUAUUUUUAGCAUCAAGGCAGUAUUCAGUGACAUCACCAGCACAAAUAUCUCCACUCUCAUCCUGGGCCUCGGGUGCAUCGUCUUCCUGUACGGGAUCAAAGACCUCAACGAACGCUUCAAGAAGAAACUGCCCAUUCCCAUUCCUGGAGAGAUUAUCGUGGUCAUCGUGUCAACCAGCAUCUCCUAUGGCAUGUCCCUAUCAGACGACUACAAGGUGGACGUAGUUGGGGAGAUACCAACAGGGCUUCGCUCUCCUGCCAUCCCAGAGUUCUCCCUGCUACCCAAUUUGGUCACAGACUCCUUCGCUGUAGCUAUUGUAGGAUUCUCAAUGGGGAUCUCACUUGCCAAAAUCUUUGCCCUGAAGCACGGCUACAGCGUGGACGGCAACCAGGAGCUGAUUGCCCUCGGCCUGUGUAACUUCAUCAGCUCUUUCUUUCAAACCUUCGCCAUCACUUGCUCCAUGUCAAGGAGCCUGGUGCAGGAGAGCACUGGUGGAAAAACACAGAUCGCAGGGCUGCUGGCGUCACUCGUGGUGCUGCUGGUGGUGGUUGCCAUCGGUUUCGUCUUCGAGCCCCUCCCUCAGACUGCACUGGCUGCCAUCAUCAUGGUGAACCUGAUUGGGAUGUUCAAACAGUUCAGAGACAUUCCCACGCUGUGGAGGACGAGCAAGAUUGAACUGGUCAUCUGGCUCGUUGCUUUUGUGGCGUCUGUGCUGUUGGGCCUGGAUUAUGGCCUCCUGGUGGCCAUUGCAUUCGCCAUACUGACGGUCAUCUACAGAACACAGAGCCCUAAAAAUGCCAUCCUGGGCCAUGUUCCCGGCACGGGGCUGUACUGUGACGUGGAUGAGUAUGAAGAGGCGGCUGAAUAUGAGGGGAUUAAGAUUUUCCACUCCAACUCUUCAAUCUACUUUGCUAACAGUGACCUUUAUGUGAACGCCCUCAAGGAGAAGACGGGAGUAAACCCUGUACACUUACAAGCUUCCCGUAAAGCCCGAAAGAAACAGAUGAAGGCAAACGGCAGCCACAACUCUCCAAUGAAGGUUUGUGCCAAGUAUAAGGAGGAGGGAGUGACUCAUGAGGUUUUGCCCCUUAACUUGGUGGCGGAGGAGCAGAGGAACGGUCAGCUGGAGGACAGAAACAGCAAUUUAGACAUGGAGGAGGCUGUCUUCCUUGAACCUCUCAGCACUGUCCACUUCAUCAUCCUGGACUGGACGCCUGCCAGCUUCAUCGACUCUGUGGGAGCCAAAGCCAUCAAACAGGUUAUAAAGGAAUAUGCAGCGGUGGAUGUUGAAGUGGUCAUAGCCGGCUGCAGCAGAAACCUUCUGUCUGAGCUGGACACCUUACAGUUCUUCACCGGCAUCGUAACUCCAGAGAUGGUGUUCCCCACCGUCCACGAUGCCGUGCUGCGCUGUCAAAACUCAAAUUCCCGCCCACUUCAACCAAUGACACAACCUGACGGGAGAUGACACUGUAAACCGAGGAGCACCUUUUGCACCAACGUGGAAGGCAGAUUUGGGAGAUACUACACCCAAAUGUACGAGAACGAACGCCAUCACAGUACAGAUGAACUGAACAAUCGUUCAUAUUGAAUAGACGAGUGUUUGUAGCCUCGUUGACUCAAAAGUGCCCAAAGCAGCGAGACACUGGUUUUAUGAGGAUUUUAUCCAAUCAGAAAUUCAGGAUUUCAAGUUAACAUUCCUAUAGCCUUAUUCCUCUGCAUCCUCUCACUCUGUUACUGCUUGCACCUUUUUGGGGGUGUUCUUGUAGUUCUGCUGAAGUUGUCUCUGCACGGAUCACAUUUUAAACUACACUGCUGCUCUAGUCCGAACGACCUCGUUAGAACGAUUUCUGUGAGCUGACUGUCAUCAUCAUGCUGCAUCAAAUGUUUAUGGUUACUGAAAGUUGUGAUUAGUGUUCAGCUGUAUUUCUGUGUGUAUUUAAACCAGCAAAAGCACUAUCAUUGGUCAGUUGCAGUGUUAUGUUUGUUACAGUACAUUUGCACUGCUUGACACUCAUGUAGUAUUGCACAUUCUGUCGGUCAGCGUAUAUUAGCAUUUUUAGGUGUCUAUUUUUUUGAAAGAUGUUACUGUGUGAAUGAUGUUACCACGUGGUUAUUUUUCACUAUUUAACAACACAGUGAGAUGGAACUUUGGAAUAAACUUUAUUUUUAAGUGAACAA